CCCGAUCGUCAAGUCCGGUCACCCGCAGCCCUGAUCUUCGCCGGGUUCUGGUGCGUCUACAUAGAAUUGCGGUCGGCUAGCCUGCGGGUUACGAUAGGCCAUGUCCGACGCGCCCCCGGACGAUAUCUGGCUCGAGCAGAGUCGCCUCAAUGGCAUGCUAACGGGGUCCAUUACUUGGGGAAUAUUCUUCCAGUUGACGGUGCAGGCCCUCGUCUCCCUCAACCGCAGCGCGGGCAGGCGUACGCACAGGAUACCAAGGGGGCGCAAGCUGGCCUUAAAUGCCUACGUGAUCGUCACCUUCAUCCUCGCCACCAUAGGCUUCGCGUGUAACGCGCGCUAUACGGAGGAGAUAUGGAUAGACAGGCGUGGACCAGGCAUAAGCCCAACCGUACUCAUCCUCAACGAGUUUGACUUUUACAUCAACAGGCUAGCGAUUGGCUGCUACUAUGUCAUGGGCUGGAUCAUGGACCUCCUGCUCCUCUACCGCGCAUUCAUCGUCUGGAACUACAACAUCCUCGUCGUCCUGCUCAUGUCCGGCCUCUACCUGUCCACCGUCACCAUGUCCAUCGCCGUCAUGGUCCUCGCCCAGCGGCACGCCGUCUUCUCCCACCUCGGCGUCCAGCUCGCGUACCUCUCGCUCUCCGUGUCCACGAACAUCGUGUUCACGCUCCUCGUCGCGGGCCGCCUGCUCGGCGUGCGCAACCGCAUCCGCGACACGCUCGGCGCGGAGUACAGCACGACGUUCGGGAGCGUGGCGGCGACGCUCGUGGAGUCGUCGGCGCUGUACAGCGUCUUUGGCAUCGUGUUCAUCGUGUCGUUUGCGCUGGGGAGCAAUGUGCAGAACCUGAUCUUUCUUGCGAUUAGCCAUAUCCAGGGUAUCGCGCAGCUGCUCAUCAUCCUGCGCGUGGCGGACGGCCGCGAGUACGACAGGCGCGCGGGCGCGGCGUCGACGGGCGCGCAGGCGAACUCGAUCGUGUUCACGCCGCGGACGGAGGUCGAUCUCACGCGAACGUCGAUGGGUGCCACCGUCGAGGCGCACAACCUGACCGCGCGUGGAGACCAGCCGGACGCGACGUUGGACGACUGCCACCUACAGACUCAGGGGAGCGUGUCCUCCCUCAGCUCGCGCCAAACGAAAAGCGGAUCCCUCGGACGAGUGGUAUAGCGCUCGCCGUCCGAGUACAUCACAUAGUGGUACCGUAUAAUAUGACCACGUCCUCAUUAUCGCUUACCCUUACUUUCCACUGACGACCUGAGGUGCAUUCUUGAUUGCUGCUCUGUCAUCGUGCUUAUUUAUGUGUCGAUACAACCUACCUACAGUCUAAUUCAUCCUACCGCCGUACAAGACUGACCUAUCCACUCAGUACCCUUGCCCAGCUUCAUUUUGAGGUGCAUUCAUCCAACAUCCAUUGGCGAUUCAGCAGCUUUAAUUCCGGGUAGGCAAUCGGGAAUUCCACCGUC